GAUCCGGGGAGCGCAGGGUUGCGUCCCAGCCGCGGGGGUUUGGUCGUCCAGUGUGGAGUUUGUACCGGACCGCUCUUCACGCGCUGCGGCACCACGUACACGGCGCAUUUGCACCACCCGUUCUAGCCGAAUUUCGCGUGUUGCCCUCGCUACCGCAGGACGGCGUCGGCGUAAGUUCGGAACCACUCAAUGGCCCAGAGGAAGAAUCCCAGAACCCACUCCAGGAAAGAGGUUAAGACAGUGGCAGAGAGUAAGAAUGGAAAGAAGACAGAGGCAGGAGGAGGAGCAGCAGGUGGCGGAGGAGGUCCAAAACACUCCAUGUUCACCUGGUUUGUGGUUCUGGCCCUGCUGGGAGUCUGGAGCUCUGUGGCUGUGGUCUACUUCAACAUCGUGGACUACGACAGUGUCAUUGCCAGGGCUAAGGAGUUUCGUGUGAACUUCUCAGAGGUGUUACAAGGUAAACUGACAGCCUACGACGCCGACGGAGACGGAGACUUUGAUGUGGAGGAUGCAAAAGUUCUGCUUGGUCUGAAAGAGACGGAAAGACCAACCGUGAGAGAGACACCUGCGGCUGACACAGGGACCAAUGAGAAAUCUGCAGAGCCUGGCUUUACCAGUGAACAGGCCUUAGAACCAGGGUGGGCAGGACCAGUAGAAGCCACCUCCCCCAACACUCUCGCUGCCACAGAGAGUAUCUCCACACCUGGUGAAGAUGAGGAAGUUUAUGGAUCUCAGGAUGUGGAAUUUGAUAUCCAAGCGGCGGUCCCUCUCCCUGCGAUGGUGGAAGAUGAAUUUGUGGCAGAUUAUCACCACGUGGACAGUGGACACCCAUAUGAGAAGGAGGAAAACGCCAUUGACACCACUGGAGUGCUGCUAGCAGAGGAGACACCAGAGGAGACUGUUGUGGCGUCAGAACAACACCUCACGAGCUCCACAUUUACACAGGAAGCGGAAUCUGAGCCAGAAAAAUCGAGUGAGCCCCAAACAGAACCGGCAGUAGAACCAACUGACCAAGAGAUAGAACCCUCUGACCCGCCUCACAGUCAGCCACCUCCAGAGAAAAAACAGGUAGAACCCUCAGCAGAACCACAACCAGAACCACAAGCUGGGUCGGUCAGAGAUACAGAGAGUGGCACCAAGGCACAGGGAGCCACUGAGAGCCCAGCACAAGAGAAAACCAAAGAGAAAGCAAAGACUAAGAAGCCCAAGAUGUUCAAUAAGUUUGAUAAAACCAUCAAAGCGGAGAUUGAAGCUGCAGAGAAACUUCGUAAAAAGGGUAAAGUGGAGGAGGCGUUGAGAGCGUUUGAUUUGCUGGUGCAGCAGUACCCACAGAGUCCUCGCGCUCGCUUUGGCAAAGCCCAGGCAGAGGAUGACAUGGCAGAGAAACGUCGUAGUAAUGACCUGCUCCAGAAGGCCAUAAACACCUACAGAGAGGCAGCCGAGCUCCCAGAUGUGACCUCUGACCUUCUCCGCACCACCCUUAAGAGACGAGCAGAGAGACAGCAGUUCCUCGGCCGGAUGCGAGGGGCUCUGGUUACCCUGGAGAAGUUGGUAAACAUCUUUCCAGAUGACGUCACCCUGAAGAAUGACCUGGGCGUAGCCUACCUGUUGCUAGGAGACAACAAGGGAGCCAGGAAGGUCUACGAAGAGGUCCUGGCAGUUGCCCCUAGCAACGGCUUUGCUAAAGUUCACUAUGGUUUCAUCCUCAAAUCUGAGAACAAGAUAGCAGAGAGUAUACCUUACCUGAAGGAGGGGUUGGAGUCAAAUGAACCAGGAACAGAUGAUGGUCGGUUUUAUUUCCACCUGGGCGACGCCCUGCAGCGGGUGGGAGACAACAGUGCGUACUACUGGUAUGAGCGGGGUCAUCAGAGGGGUCACUUUGCGUCGGUGUGGCAGAGGUCUCUGUACAAUGUGAAUGGACUGAAGGCUCAGCCCUGGUGGAGCGCUAAAGACACAGGCUACACCGACUUGAUUAAGAGUCUGGAGAGGAACUGGAAGUCUAUCAGAGACGAGGCCUUGGCCGUGAUGGAUCUGAAAACAUCUCUGUUUGUCCCCGAGGAGGAAAACCUCAGAGAGAAAGGAGACUGGGGCCAGUACACACUCUGGCAACAAGGACGUAAGGCGGGAGAUGCCUGUCGCAGUGUUCCUAAGACCUGCUCUUUAAUGGAGAGAUUUCCUGAGUCUACCGGCUGUAAGAGAGGACAGAUAAAGUUCUCCGUGAUGCAGCCUGGUACUCAUGUGUGGCCUCACACUGGUCCAACCAACUGCAGACUGAGGAUGCAUCUGGGUCUGGUCAUCCCCAAACAUGGAUGCAGGAUCCGCUGUACCAACUCAACCCGAGAAUGGGAGGAAGGCAAAGUGUUGGUCUUUGACGACUCGUUCGAACACGAGGUUUGGCAGGAGGCAGACUCCUUCAGACUCAUCUUCAUCGUUGACGUCUGGCACCCCGAACUCACUGCUCAACAACGCCAGACCCUCUCCCCCAUCUAGACCAGAGAGACAGACAGACAGACAGACAGACAGACAGACAGACAGACUGACUGACUGACUGACUGACUGACUGACUGACUGACUGAAUGACUGACACCAGCACCAGUCUCAUGGCAGAAAGCUCUGACUGUCUGUCUGAAAGGUUUGCCUCUCUCGCCUGUAUACAGACUGCUUUACAGCAGACCACCUGCUUUUUCCUCUGGGAGACUGAUGAACAGACUGUCAAAGGAGUGCAUCAUCAUCAUCAUCAUCAGACAGACAGGCAGACAGACAGGCAGGUGAGAGAGAGAGAGAGAGAGAGAGACAGUGUUUUUCAUUGGAGGUACUACUGAGGAGGGCAGCCCUUCUACCCUGUGGGAGAAGUCCAGACCGACUGUGUCCGGUGCUGGUGUCCUGACCCCCGUGCAGGUGUCCUGACCCCCGGGCAGUUCACACCUGUGCCGGAUGGCUCUCGGCCUCCUGCGGUGACCGCCGGGGUUCCGGACUAACACGCCGAGUUAGGAUCCAUAGAACAGGAAGUGUAAUUCUUUUUUAGGGGUUGGAAUAAAUAGGUCAGUAUUUUAUGAUCAUUUGGUACAUUUGGUCUGUCUGCCGUACCAUGCUGAUGAUGCUUGUAUGGCGCUGAGCCACCGGUCAUGUUGUCACGGCAGCAGCAUCACACAGCGGACGGCUCAGACUAACUUGUCAGAGUGUGUAAUGCCUGUUUUAGACUUAAGAAGGGUUCAGUUAGACCGUUCUCACCGCACAUCUCUGACGUGGUCUUUGGCUCAUUUUGGGGAAGAUACCCAGACGAGACCCUUCGGAGGAUCUGUCCGACAUGAGGGAACGCUGAUUCCAGAAGCGCUGCUGCCGUCCACAGCGGGUUCACACUUGGUUUGAAUUGUGUGCGUUGAGUUUUUGUGUGAUAUGUAAAAUAUAACGGAUGAAUCUGUUUGAGUCCUUAACCACUAUCGGAGCUUAUUAUGCAGCUAUGUUGAAUACUGGAUUCUGAUUGGUCAAUUCAGACGCGCUGCUGUGGGUUCUUUCAGAAUAGCAGACUGUUGUCUGUCUGCGGCCUCAUCGCCCUUCCUGUCCCCUUCCAAAUCAAUCAAUCAAUCAAUCAAUCAAUCAAUCAAGUUGCAUUUUAUAAAGCGCUUUUCUAGCUGCAACAGCCACUCAAAGCGCUUUACAUUUCUGGUCAAAUCUGAAUCAACCUUUGUAGGCUAAUGCUACUUAGCUAAAUUUACAGAAAGAAGUCAGGAGGGGGCACCCCGGUGGCUCACCCGGUAGAGGGGUACCACAUAAGGCUGAGUCCUCACCCCAGCAGCCUGGGUUCGACUCCGGCCCGGGCCCUUUGCUGCAUGUCAUCCGCUCUCUCUCCUGCCUUUCCUGUCUCUCUCUACCACCGCUAGCUAAUAAAGGCGGAAAACGCCAAAAAAAGAAGAAGAAGACGAAGAAGUCCAGAAGCUUGUGGGCCAAAACAUUUUUUAACUGAUUAUCUUCUGUCAAUUUAUUGACUUCCUCCUCAAGGAAAAGCCGGCUGAUCAGCGAGGUAAUCCACAACAAGGCGGUCUUAUAAAGAUGAUAAAUGACCUUGGUGGAGGUGAACCCCUCUCCGCUGCACGUCGGGAAGGUCCCCAAUUCCACGCUGUUCGUUAAUGUUUGAUAGGAGACCGCCUCAUUGUGGAUUAUCCCUUAGUUCAGGACAUGGAAUCUUUAUUUUUUUUGUUCCCCCCCGCCCCCCCCCCUUUUCUCCCCAGUUGUACUUGGCCAAUUACCCCACUCUUCCGAGCCGUCCCGGUCGCCGCUCCACCCCCUCUGCCGAUCCGGCGAGGGCUGCAGACUACCACUUCUUUUCACCUGACAGUGAGGAGUUUCACCGAGGGGGUGUAGCGCGUGGGAGGAUCACGCUAUCCCCCCCAGCCCCCCCCCCAACAGGUGACAGCUCUUUUAGCUCCGCCUCAAAGUUCUCAGAUUUAGUAUUUCCUCCUGACCAGGCCGGAAUUCAUAUCCGGGACGUGUCUGCAAAACCAGGCCGUCACCAAUGGAAACAUAAUCAAAACCCGAAAGUUAACGAGCUCGUUAAGUUCCGACAGUGGAUAAGGGCUAUUUGUCUUUUAAAGUGAAGCUGAGAGAAUUUAUUUUGUACCAGAUGCAAAUCGCAAAAUUCCAUUUAAAAAACACUUGAAACGUCUUUUGUUUUAAGUUCAUAUUAAUGUGUCGAGUGUCAGCCCAGGUCCACUGCCUGACUGUCUGGCUGAUGCGCCGCCUGUUGGCCAGAGAUGAGAAACACUUUACAGGAAAACUGAUCUGAAUUCCUCUUAAAACCUUCUGAGUGGCGUCCGGGUGGUGUGGUGGUCUGUUCUGUUGCCUACCAGCAUGGGGAUCCGGGUUCGAAUCCCCGUGUUGCCUCCGGCUUUCCGGGCGGCCCUACAGACACAACUGGCCGUGUCUGCGGGUGGGAAGCCGGAUGUGGGUGUGUGUCCUGGUCGCUACACUAGCGCCUCCUCUGGUCGGUCAGGGUGCCUGUUGAGCGGGGAGGGGGAACUGGGGGGAAUAGUGUGAUCCUCCCAAGUGCUACGUCCCCCUGGUGAAACUCCUCACUGUCAGGUGAAAAGAAGCGGCUGGUGACUCCACAUGUA